ACUUCACUGUGGACACAGUCGGUGUUAUAAAUCCAAUGCAAUGGAGUUAGAUGGUGCUGCAUCAAGUGGAGACCAAGUGGAGGAGCAGUGGAUCAGGAGGAUGUCGGAGCAGCAGAAUGCCCCGGAGCAGCUUGCUGCUGGGAAGAGCCAGGGUGGAGCUGGAGCCACAUAUAAGGUGUCGCUGUUUGAGUUUGAGAACUUCCAGGGCUGCAAGGCAGAGUUUUCUGCCGAGUGUAAAGAUGUGACAGAGAAGGGACUGGAGAAGGUCGGAUCUGUCAUCGUCGAGUCCGGGCCCUGGGCGGGUUAUGAUCGGCAUGACUUCACAGGGGAGCAGUUUAUUCUGGAGAAGGGCGAGUAUCCACGCUGGGACACCUGGACCAACAGUCAGAACAGCUACUCCCUCUUCUCUCUAAGGCCACUCAAAGUGGACAGUGCUGAACACAAGCUACACCUGUAUGAGAAUCCUGGAUUUACCGGUAGAAAGAUGGAGAUUGAUGAUGAUGAUGUUCCCAGUUUGUGGGGCCACGGUUUUCAGGAUCGUGUGGCAAGUGUGAAGGCGCUUAACGGAACAUGGGUGGGCUACAUGUACCCAGGCUACAGGGGGCGCCAGUUCAUCUUCGAGAGAGGAGAUUUCAAGCACUGGAACGACUGGGAGGCCCCCGCUCCUCAGAUCCAGUCUGUCCGACGUGUGCGGGACAUGCAGUGGCACAAGAGGGGCUGCUUCACUGUCCCCGACCCAGCUCCGGCCCCCGGCCCCGGCCCUAGCCCCGGCCCCGGCCCCAGCCCCGACCCCGACCCUACCCCAGCACCUCCUGCACCUCCUGCCACAGCUGGAGCCAGCUGAGCAGGACCCCCCACCCCCAUGCUGCCAACAGUGCC